ACUCCCUGUCUGCUGCAAUGGUAACUCUGCGCCGCGAGUCGUUGGUUCAAGCGACGGAGCAACGAGCCGGUUUGGGGGACCACAAGAGCGGCGGCUCUGCAUGCAGGCGACCAAUUUUCGCACAACUGUGCCUCAACUACCCAGGAUCAUUUCACUCCACGGCGGGCUUUGCUUACCGCAUCACCACAGCCGGUGGCAUCGCAACAUGGAGAGCAUAUCGAAUCUGCUGGACACGCUUGACGUGAGUGACCUGACACCAGCACAAUGGUGCCAGGUCUUCUUCGUCGGCAAUGCAGGCUUCAUCCUAAUGCUGCAGGCUCUUCCAGAUAACAUGCGCCGGGCGUUGAUGGACUACGGUGCCAGAAGAGCCACGUCUCGCCAGUCUUCUGUGAAAAAGGGCAAUGCCGAGGCACCCAAGGAAGGCUUCUUUGACGUCCUGACAAGCUAUGGCCAGGUGCCGCACUCGUGGUUCAUACACUUCUACAUCACGUCCGUGGCGUGGUCCAUCUUCUGGGGCUGGCAGUUCGUGUCCAAGGGAUCGGUGAUGCGGGCCCUGGCCGUGAGGCAGCACCAUGCUGCGGGGAAUGAGCCGUCGUCCGAGGUCGAGCUGACAGCAACACUGGUGGCGUGGCUCUUGAUGGGCUCGCAAGGAGCAAGAAGGCUGUUUGAGUGUCUCUUCGUCCUCAAGCCCGGGUCUUCGGGCAUGUGGUUUGUCCAUUGGGUUCUUGGAUUGGCCUAUUACACAACCCUGGGCAUCUCUGUCUGGAUUCAAGGCUCAGGGGCCAUUCUCCGGUCGUGGGAGUCCCCGCAGCCCGUCCACUUCACGCCACAAAUUAUCAUCGGGGCGGCUGUCUUCGGAUUCGCAGGAGCUCAACAAAACAACUGCCACAGAUAUCUGGCGGGGCUCAAGAAAUACACGCUCCCGAGCGAGGGCUGGUUCAAGUACUUCGUCUGCCCCCACUACACAUUCGAAUGCCUCCUCUACUUGAGCCUUGCCGUCGUUGCGGCGCCGACAGGACGCUUGGUGAACCAGUCCAUCUUGAGCUCGUUGGCGUUCGUCCUGGCCAAUGUUGGCUCCACGGCAUACGGCACAAAGGUUUGGUAUGCCGAAAAGUUCGGGGCGGACAAGGUGGAGGGAAAAUGGAUCAUGAUUCCCUUUGUAUUCUAGGCUAGGGUAGGAACUUGGCAAUCCGGGCAUUCAAAGUAGAGCACGCUCUUAUCGCUUGCCGAAGAGACCCAAUUUGGUUCCGACUUUGGAAACUUGGAGGACGUCUCGGUAUGUGAGGCUGGUGCGGGUCUGCCGCGGGUUUCGACCGCCAGCAAACGCCUCGGGAUCUCGAAGCAACGGCCAGUUCACAAUCGUGUCGGCAGAUAGGUCAAGAUCCUCCUCAGUGUCGGCGAUGCCAUGCAGAUAGUCCGUAUAGAGAUUGGCUGUGGUGAUGAGAAGGCUACGAGGUUCUUGGAGAAUGCGCCAGGCAGGCUCGGGAUCAAGGGCACCGUCCUCCUUGCUGCGGUACAGGUUCAGGCAGAGACUCGCGCCGAGGCUGACGGUGCACACCACGGGCCAAUACGCAGCGCCAUCCUACGGUGGAUGAGCAUUUCG